AUGUCGGUGAGAUUGGGUAAAUUUUUGCUGAGAAGCAACAGAAGGUGGAUAUCACAGGGAAGAGGAGGAGGAGGAAGAGGAAGAGGGAAUAGCGGAUCCACAUUCGACCCGGUAGAAAAUGUUGAAGGGAUGGAUCGAAAUAACAUGAUAGAUCCACCUCUAGGAGAAAAGGAUGAUUACCCAUCUUAUGUACAACCAAAUGAGGAGAAGAAUAGCACAUAUUGGUCUGAAUUAUUUGUAAAUAGAAAUUCAAGUGGAAGAGAAGACCAAAAAAAUAAUAAAAAAAGUUAUUCUGUUUCUUAUCCAUUUUCAGAUAACUAUGCAUAUAAUGUUCCAUACAAUUAUAAAAUUGUCAUUCCAAGUAAAAAUAAAAAGGUGAAAAAAUCAAAUGUCAGUAGUGAAAAGGAAAGAAAGGAGACUUCAGAAAAUGAACAAAUUAUUACACAAAAUGAAAUUAAUCAAAGUGUGGAAAAUAUAAAAGAAGAAUACAGUCGCAAUGUAAGUAAUAAAUUUAGUUACACCGAUUUUACUGGAUUUAGAAAUCCAACUUUAGAAACAUUGGAUAAUUACAGAUAUUGGCAAGAUAGUGGAUUCAAAAAAUUUUUACAUCGAAUAUUUCCAAUAAAAUUACCUGACCAUAAAAAAGUGAAUCCGUUAUUAAGAGAAUACAUAUACUUCUUACAUUCGUUGGAUCCAUUUAGAUUUACGUUUAAGAAACUGAGUGAAAGAUAUUUCCUUUCACAGAAUUGUAUUCAAUGCAUUUACAAAGAAGAAUGUGUUAAAAGAUUUCUUAGAGAUAAUCAAUUAUGUGAUGAUAAAAUGAAACGAAUUUCAAAAAAGGAAGCAGUUUUAAAAAUUAAAGAAUUAAUUUAUGCCAAGAAAUUGGGAUACAAAGAUAUUGGAGAUUUUGAAAAUAUCCAAAAUGAAGAUGACCAAUUCCAAGGACAUAAAAAUACAUUUGAUGUUAUAAACAGACAAGUUAUUCAAGUUGAAUCUAUCUCUUCUUUUCCUCUUCCUGAUAGGAGGGACCCUGUACCGAAGAGAGUGGAUGUUGAUAUUCCAGUUUACAAUUCUGCUAAUGUGAAAAUUAUGAAUUGGGUUAAUCCAAACGACAAAGUAAUAUUUUGA